AUGGCACUGGCCUGCAUUGCUAUUAUUCUUGGUUCAGCACAUCUCCUUACUGCUAAACCCCUGGAUUGUGAGCCUCUGGUUCCAGAAACCAUUGACAAUGCUACAAUGACCAAGCUGCUGGGCAAGUGGUUCUACAUUGCUGGGGCCUCACAGCACCCACCCACCCUACAGGAGCUGGAAUCGAUAAAGAACGCGUAUUACUUCUUGUACCCUAGCAGCCUUCAAGACAAGUUCCUCGUCACAGAAGUCAUGAGACUGAAGGACAAGUGUGUGGUGGACAACUCCAGUUACAUUUCAGUCAUCCGGGACAAUUUUACAAUGAUCCUGCACGGGCCAAAUGAAAGUGCCGUAGCACAACUUAUCAAGAGCAGCUCCGAAGACACUAUGACACUAUACCACAUUGAUGGGACCUACAAAGGGUUAUCGAUCGCGGCCCGGGCCCAAAACUUGACCACAGAGCAACUGGAAGAAUUCAAAACUCAAUUGGCAUGCCUUGGAUUGAAGGAAGAGGAAACAUUCUAUACUUCAGCGAAGGAUUUGUGUCCCAUGGAAGAAGAAACAGAUGACAAAAAGCACUCAGUUGAAGUGGUAGAACCAUCACUGGGGUAA